AGAAAAAGUGCUUUUUCGACUGGAAACAGGUGUCAAAAACGGGGGAAUUGACGGAUUUUGACGACGUCUUUUCCCGGCGGAGACAGCUGAGCCGGAUAUGCAAGAAUGGAGCGGGUGGUGCCGGGUUGGAACAGAACAAGGCGUUAAUGAAGUUUUUCUACCCGGAGGCUAUUGAUGGUGAUGACCAGAAGCAGCAAAAUCUGCAAAAAGUAGAGCGUGCCUCGUCUUGGUGGACUGCGUUUUGGAGAUGCUGCUUCAACAGCUGCUGCACAUGCUGUCCAAGAAAAGUUUCCGGCGGGUGGAAAACAAGCAGUAAGAAGCAGCUUGUAGCACCGACGGAACAAGAAGAAAAGCAGCUCCCGCCGCCGAAGAAGAAAGAGCCACCAGACCCCCGCAGCCGCAAGGAGAAUACCACGUACACGAGGGACGACAACACCGUUGAAAAUGUGAAAGACCUUGACAACACUUUUGCUACCGACCAAUCUUCGUCAUCCUCUGGUGCAGGCAGUGCGAAAAACUACAAAAAGCGAAGACGGGCGUUCCUGGGGGAGAAAAUAAGUGGGGCAGAAGCUCCUGUUGGUGAUCAUAACAUCGAUGAAGAUGCCGAGUCUGAGUUGACGGUUUUAAGUCCAAAAUCGUCCUCCUCGGCGAGUGUGGUGUCAGCUUCGGAACAAGAGUUGCCACGACCUGGUUUGAUGGUGGGACAAAGAGAAGAACAAGUUGAAGUUCUUUCUUCAGGGGCCCACAUGUUCAACAUCCUGCAGAAAGAGGGAGAACAUUACACAGCAAGAGGAUCCUCUUCUGCAGGUUCAUCAUCUUCAUCAUUUGUGCAACGGGGGGUAAAUGUCAACGACGACAGAGUUGACGUCGAUGAUGAUUCGAAGAGCAUUGAAAGUUCGUCGAGCAAGCGGUCUGGGAGGUUUUCGGACUCGGAUUCGAAAUCCAUUUCUCCCGUGGAUGACGAUAAGAUUAGACCCCGUGACAAUGCACGUUCAAGCCCGCAAAAAAAAUCUUCCCCUUCUCAAGGAACAACAGACGAGCCGGUGCUGAGGAAAAGAUCCUACUUGUUUUCGCCCGAAGAUGAUGUUGACAAAAAUCAGGACCGUGGGAAGAGCGAAACACCGAAAGAAACUGCAGAAACACACCAUAAAACCGCUACGACCUCCUCGCCCGAAAUUCUACUGCUUGAGGAAACGCAGAGAAUACCUUUGCCCGGUGGAAGCAGUAGUGGGAAUAGGGGAAAUGAAACAUCAGAAACCGCUGUUGACAACAAGAGCAGCACCCUGCCCCGCCCCUCCGCAGCACCCCCACCGUUGUUUACUACCACGGAAGUAGAGGCUCUCGAUCAGAAAACAGGUGGACUACUCACAGCACCUGGCCGCCCCGCCCCGCCCCCGCUGCUUCCCCCCUCGACCGCCUCGGCUUUAGGACCAGGAGAUGGUGGGGGUGGAUUUUUGCCUGAAGCAAUAACCCUACCGACAACGGCUUCGUUUAUCCCAACUAUCACGACCCCAGCAUCGUCUCCCGUGAAAAACAAGAAAAAAACCGCAUUCAAAUCAGAACCCCAACACUCGCUGACCAUCGCAGAUGAGUUUCUCGACAUGGGCAAAUACCCGAAUCAGCAAUUCUACAGCCGACUUCUCUCCGCGAAAGACAAAGUUCCGCCAGAAGACGCGGAGAGGGAGACCUUCAAACCACACACGCUCCCGUCCCGGCUCGCGAGAACGUCGGAGCUGAAAAUCGAGGCUUUUCUCAAUGGGUUCGUGCCGCUGGGCGAGUCGUUGAACCUCAUGCCCACGAUAUCAAAAGAAAAAAUCCCACCUCCCCAUAUCGAAAUACGAAACUUGUGAUGCUGUAUUUGAGUACACAAAUCGACUUGUAAUGCUAGAAGGCCAAGAGCCGCAGUUGUGUGCGUGAACUCGUUUGCAGGCGAUUUGUCAUGCUGCUUCUCACUUCCAGCUGCCUCCUGUCAUGCUGAAGACGCAAGGCGUUCUCACGCCAACCAGCACUACAGUCCGCAUCUUUUCUCGUCCAGCAUGACAAAGCUGGUUUGUUGCCGCAAAUCUGCAUCACAGAUUUCCGUUUUUGUUAUGGGGAGGGCGGAUUUUUCUUCUUGAUACACGAAGGAGACGAAUUUUGAUGUGCUGGAUGCGGGCAGUUUGAUGUUCGACGAAAACAUGAGGGAGGAAGAUGGGAAAAACUCGAGGUUGAAAGCGACGAAGAACAGCAUGCUAGUAGAACAGGAGGAGCCUGUUAUCCUGUGUAAGAACGUCCCCACACCAGAGUCAAGAUGGAAAAUCUGCUAGACAAAUCGGCCAACUUUGGUUGUUUCGCAUGACAGAUUUGUCCUCGUAGUAUAAUACUGUUUAGCUACUUCAGAAGCAUCACAGAUCUAGAAUAUCAUGCCAUUUCUAGCAUCACAAAUCCCAAAACACGACUAGAAAAAGCUCCUCAUGGGGCUUCGCAUGAGAAACUUUUUUGGCAUGCAAAUUUGCAUGACAACUCUGGGGUGGGGACGUUUUUCCCUAGGAUACCUGUGAAAAAAAUGUUCUCCGACCCAUACUCCGGUCUCAGACUUUAUGGAUGCGUCAGAGUCGAAAUCGACAAAAUCGAAAAAUUUGUGAUGCAUAAAAUGCAGGUCACCGGGGGCCUGUAUUGGGGAGCAGGCAAACGAGACCGAUUGUAAGCGUGUUUAGGGGUAUGCAAUGUGCUGCCAGAGUAGCAUGACAGGAGCAGUCUUCUUUCACCAAACAGCAUGACAGACUGGAUAUGGGUGCUCCCGAAAUUUGUCAUGCGCCACUUACAAACUGAGGCUCCAGUUGGUAUCUAUUUUCUGCAUCACAAAUUUUUCCAUUUCGUCAAUUUCGAUUCUGACACUUCUAUAGACUUUGGCGCGACGGGGUGGAAGACGUGCCGGGUUUUGUUGUUUCUAGUGGUGGCAAAAAUAGUAAAACCACCCUAAGUUCUUUCCAACCCGAGCGCGAGCGCCGCUUCGUUUCCUUCUUCCGCCUGGUAGAUUUCGAGCAGCUUUACUAUCCAAGAAAAAAACUGUGUAAGUGUAACUUUGUGUUGCAGGAAAUGCAAAACUGUUACACUUGUCAUGCUGGACGUGCAUGAGGGGCUCUUUUCGUACGUGUUUUCACGUACUAGCUACACGUUACAGGUUUUCUCUGUCAUGCAGAGCAAACGUGUGAUGCUGUUCCUCCAAGAAAGUUACACUUACAUACACAGUUUUUUUCUUGCAUAUUUACCGGCGUUUGAUCAUUACACAGGGCAGUAAGAUCAUCCCGCUGUAUCUCUGGUUUAUCCCCUUUUUUGGGGUUUUCUUGGCAAAGUUCUGCGAGUACAUGAACCAAAUUUUCGUGUUUGACUACGACCCGUUUUAUUUCGUGAAAAACACCACGUUAUGUUGUGCAAGACUAUCGUACUCGUAGUAAUCGCAGUCUUGCAUUACAAAUCUGAUUCCCAAGGUAAAUCAGCAUCAGAAAUUCCAUUUCUCAUGCUGAGGACAUUUCUCAUGCGAUUUCUACUAGUACGAUACUUUUGCAAUGCAUACACGUUCGACAACGAUUCAGCCGCGGACGCGGCAGCUGCGGCGGGCAGGGCGAGCGGGAAGAAGAACAGUGGCGGUGGGGAGGAUGGAGAAGGCGGGCAAGAUUCGGACAGCUCCGACGAUGACGAUUUUCUUGAUCAGCCGAUCUACCGUGCUAUCCUGUGCAAAAGAGUUGUAAUCUCGUACUCUCGCUAAAAAUGGCAAGCAGCAUGACAAAUGUCUACUUCCCAAGCCAGACCAGCAUGGCAAAUUUCAUUUUUCAUGCUGCGCAAAUUUGUCAUGCAAUUCAUAUACCACCAUUAAGCUACUCUAGCUUUUUGCACUGCAUACGCGCUUUAGUGAAGCAACGGGACGAUUUUUUGCCAGAGCACCGGACAGUAUGGGAGUGUCAGGAUUGAAACCUCAAAUUUGAAAUAGUUUGUUAUGCAUAAAAUCGAUACCAGUUGGAAGCCCAAUUUUUAAGCGGUGCAUGACAAACUUCGGCACCGUCUAAAUCCAGUUUGUCACGCUGUUUGGGGACAGAGGGCGUCUUUUGUCAUGCUACUUUAGCAGCUCUACCGCAGACCCCAAACAGGCUGACAGUCGGCCUCACUUGCCAUCCCAGCAAGCGAGGCACUUCAUGCCUUGCAAUUUAUGCAUGAGAAAUUAUUUCAACUUUGCCGAUUUCAAUCCUGACGCUUCCAUAGACAGACCAGGAAACUCUGGAAUUUUGCGUGCGGAGGAUUUGCAACGGGACUUUAUGUUUUCUCGUUCUCUUAAACCCGUUCAUUGCGGAUGGAUUCAUCCUCCGCGUUAUCCUAUGUAAGAACGUUUCCACACGAUAGUCAAGAUGGGAAGUCUGCAACACAAAUCCCCAAGUUUCGGGAGCUCUGCAUGACAAGUUUCCAUCUGCAGGAUUCGUGUAGUGCUGGUUCAGAAGGAAUAAGGCCGCAUGAGAAAGCCAUUUCCUCAUCCUGUUUACUACAGCAUUACAAAUGCCAAAACACGACUGGAAAUGCCUCUCAUGGUGAUGCGCAUCCCAAAUUUUCCUGUCAUUGCGCAUUUGCAUGACAACUCUGGUGCUAUGGGGACGUUUUUACUUACACAGGAUACGCGUGUUGCUCCUCUUUGGGUUUCUCAUCAUCAUCCUCAACAGCAUUUUCACGGAGGAGUACCGCGUCGUCUUCGCCCUGUGGAUCUGGAGCCAGAAAUAUACCGCGCUCAGGUGUUACAAUCUCAAACGUUGCAAUAGAAUAUGGAAAUCUGUAAUGCAAGAAGUGCAUUAGCCAGCCAGCUCUCAUAGGAUCGCGCAUGACAAGUUCCGGACUCCCUAACCGCGCUACAAUCUGGCGAAAUUUGUAUUGCAGAAAGUAGAACGCUCUGCGCGUCUUUCAUGCUAAUUUUUAUGCACGACAUGUUCCAGUAGACUCAAUUGUGACGUUUGUUUGAGAUUGUAACACCUGAGCGGAUUAUAGGAAACCGAGAUUGUUCUUCCUCCACAAGUUUCGACUAAUCAAAGGGAUGUUUCUGCGCCGGUUCCGAUUCUACGCGCGAGCGUGGUCGAACACGACCAACCCGAAAGCGGCGGCCAUCGCGAAGAUGCAGCAGAAAUCCGACGCGUUUUUGCUGCAGGAGUUGCAGUAUCAAAUGCAAAUAUGUAGUCUGGGUCUGGGAGACUCCGAGAUUUGUCAUGCAGUUUUUCCAAACUGAAACUGCCCCACGUCUGGAAUGCAGGGCCUAGCAUCACAGAUUCUGCACCUCCUUGGUGAUGCGUAUUCUGCAUGAGAAAAGCCCUCCCAGAAUGGCCAGAAGUGGACACCUUUUGCACGUUUAUGCAUCACAGAUCUUUGUAGGAUCCGAAACACGCAUCACAAGUUCGGAUCCUUCCAGACCCAGAGCACAUUUCUGCAUUUGAUAUGCAGAACAAUUGGCGGAUCGAGCGGAUCGUGGAAAAGAACGCGAAAGCCAUGCUAUGACCUGCUCAAACGUUACAAUUUCAAACGUUACAGUAGAGUCUGGAAAUCUGUGAUGCAAGAAAUGCAUGAUCUAGCCAGCUCUCAGAGGACUGCGCGUGACAAGUUCCGGAGUCCCAAACCGCGCUACAAUCUGGCGAAAUUUGUAUUGCAGAAAGUGGAACGGUCUGCGACUCUGUCAUGCUCAUGAUGCCAGAGAAAUGCCAGAUUCUAUUGUAACGUUUGAGAUUGUAACACCUGAGCGGGUUAUACAUGCAGCCGGAGUUACAGAAGAUGUUCGUGGAUUACGAAACGCUCCUGGCGAAGAUUGUUCGCCGAGUCGGCACCUCGCAGAAAACGUCUUCGAAAAAUUUAGUCAGGAAAACGGGGAUGGGAACACUGUCUGAGGUGUUGUAUUCUGGAGGUCUCUGCUUCGAUAAAUCCGUCCGACUGACCAUGCGGUUUGUCCCCAACAGCUUGUAUCGGAAGCGAAAUUCUUUUCUCACCUUCGCGGCCUUCGUGCGGCCGAUAAAACGCGUGCGGAAAGUGAUAUGGAUGUGUCAGAAUUGAAAUCGAUAAAGUUGAAAUAGUUUGUCAUGCGUAAAAUGCAACCCACAAAAUGCCAGUCUUGCAGAGUAGGCAAGGGAGGCAGAUUGUAAGCCUGUUCCUGGGUAGAAAUGGAGCUGCUGAAGUAGCAUGACAAAAGGCGUCUUCCUUACCCAAACAGCACUACAAAGUGGAUUUCGGCCCUACCCAAAUUUGUCAUGCGCCACUUGGAAACUGGGUUACAACUGGCAUCCAUUUUAUGCACUGCAAAUCAUUCCAACUUUGUCGAUUUCGAUCCUGACACAUCCAUAAGCGACCAGGAUGUACGAGGAUGAGCUGAAGGAUAUCAGAUGUCUCGACGCGGAACUAGAGCCGGUUAGGAAGAGACGGAUUAUCGAAUUCACCGCCCAGGAAUCCCGCGCAAACGGGAAGGGUCUGUUCGGGUUUUCGGUGAAAAAGGAGCUGCAUAAACUGCUGGAAGAUCUUAUCAUUAUGUAAAAACGUCCCCACCCCAUAGUCAAGUUGGGAACUUAGCAACACAAAUGCAGAGGCUUUGGGAGCCACGCAUGACAAGUUGCAGUGCGCUGUGUAGUGCAUGUUAGCAAGGACAUCCGCAUCACAAAUCCAGCUGCUCAUCCUAUUUUUGGCAUUACAAAUGCCAAAACACGAUUGGAAAUGCCUGGCAUGGGGAAACGCAUUACAAGUGUUCCAGUCAUUGCAAACCUGCAUGACAACUCCCCACUUAUUAGAUUGUCGUCAAAAAUUAGUGAUAGCGUUACUCCAUUGCCGCCUUUGCGAUAUUUUUUUAGCGGACCCCGCACCAGAUCCCUCAUGCCAUUCCCGCGCAGUAUUGAACACGUUUGACUCAAUCACAUAGACUCCCCUCGCUUCGGCACACCUCAUCUGCCUAGUCGCCCCUAGGUAGGUGCAGGAAUUUUCUGUGUGGGCUUUUUCUGAUUAAUUAUUCCGACAGGGGCUGCGUCUUUUUUUUCUGCCUUGCCAGCAGAGUAUGUGUGAAAGGGGGGGAAUUGACGGAAGUGGAGCGAGACCUUGGUGCUGGAGAAGAGGACAAGAGUGGAAAUGGUACAAACAAAAAACAAGCACCAAUAUACCCGCGCCAUCUGCUUAACUGUGUGAAUUAUUGUGUCGGCCCGGUCCUGUUUAGUCGCAGGUCGGUGUCCGUGAGAUCAGAAUUCACAUGUUAAGUAACGCACACCGGCUCCUAGCUUAAAAAAAAUGAUGAAUUUAUAUGGUUUUCGUUCACCAUCAGAAGUGUUUAACCGGUGGGGCGCUCCACUGAAACUGAAACUAUAUGCGAAUGGGGCCCAAUCAAAAAAAAAAAAAAAAAACCUGCAUGACAACUCUGGGGUUGGGACGUUUUUACACAGGAUAGAUCCGAAAGGGUUGGGGGUGAGGAACAACAACACGUACGGGAUCGAGGCCUUUUUACGGCGGAAAAAGCUGCGGAUAAAACGGAAAGUGGAAAAAAGGAGUUCUGCGAACAACAGUACCACAAGCAGUAUCGCGAGCAGUGGUGGAGGGGAGGAUGAAAAUAAAGCAUCUUCAGAGGCAGGAACGGAGAGCAGUGACGAAUCAGAAUCUGAAUCCGAACUAGACCCAGAAGAUGAAUUGAAUUCGAAUUCCUCAGACGAAGGAGAGGAUCCUCAAACCGAUAACUCAUCGAAGAAGAAGAAACACAAGAAAUAUUCGGCUAAAAACAACAACAACAGCGACGACAAGGUGCAGCUGAAAGAGGACGAGAUUAUCACAUGUAAAAAUGUCUGGGUCUGGAAGAAUGCAACCUGUGAUGCUGAAUUUGGAUUCCAAAAAAAUAUGUAUUGCAUGAGCAGCAUGCAAAGGGAGCGCAAUUUUUGCUACGCGGAGAGGGCAUUUGUCAUGCGGAAUAGGCAUCGCGAAGCCCUCAAAAAAUCUGUGUAGUCGUUUUCCUACAGAACUCUAAGUACGUGAAGUAGAAAGAGUCGCAAUUUUCGGUGUGUCUGUCGUGUGCCCGUAUCGUUGAACUAGAACUACGUCGAACUACGUGGGACUUCGUCAGUUUUGUAGCGGUAGUUGCAUGCCUUUGCCGCCGCUUGCGCUCGGGGUGUUGUUUGUGGUAGGUUUCUUAGUUUAUGAUGCUUGCAUACGAGAGCUCCCAAACCAGGUGGAGGCGCCGCCCUGGUUGCUGGUUUGGGUGGACGCAGCUCUCGUGUGCCGGAGCACCUGUAUGCCGCUGGGGGACGCAACAGCUUUUUGCUGUUGAAUCGGUCCGGAUUAGCGCAGCAGGGGCCUUGCUUGAGGCCCCUCCCCUGUGCUUCGUCCCUGCAUGCAUAAGGACCUCCAGGGCUGUGCAUCAUGUUCGACCUACGUAGACGCUCGCUGCGAGUGUACGCCUUCGCGCAGCAUGGGCCCGGUCCCAUGUUGUGCGUUGUGCCUGCCUUUUCGCGCGCCAGCCCCUUUGCUUCUACCGCUACCGCUCUUACGAAAGGCCUUCAGAAUUUAUUGCCAUACAUAUUUACAAGCGCUUAAGUAUAAGUAGCAGUACUAAGUUUUCCGAUUUACUUAAUUUUUCAGUAGAAGUUUACGUUACGUAGUAGCUUAGCAUUUAUCAGUUUAGUAGGCCUCUGAACGGCAAAGGGACGAACAGCCCGUAGACCUCCGAUGUGAUGCUAGGGCAUGCAUCACAGACAUCAUGGCCAAUGCAAAACAUGCAUGACAAGUCUCAGAAUCUUCCAGACCCAGACACUUUUACAUUUGAUAGAAAUUCUGACGGCGCAAAUUCUCACGAAACAGUACCAACAAAUGAUCAAAACGUUUCUGAAAAUCGCCUUUCUCCACGCGGUUUUAGUGUCUGGCGGGCUGUGUCUGGCGGUCAUUUGCGGGUUCUUAACGCAGGAAUACAAACUGGUGUGGCCGCUGUACCAGAGAUUGUUGCCGGAUGGCACCUCCGACGGGGAUGAGGCUGCGUCGAGCGGCACAAGCAACUACCGUGCGCGCCGGCGUUCCCUUUCCGACCACCUGCCCGGCGUGGACUAUGACCACCCGUCAAAUGCCGGACCCCCGAAGCAGACGAGAAUCUACGCGCCUCUGAUGGAGGUCACGCAGAACCGGAUUAAGUUUCUGAUAUGAACGGAAACUGAGUGAUCUCUCCGGCCGCUGCUCGUCCGAAGAAAAAAGGCAGCCUGUAUUGCGGAUUAGCCUAGAGAGCGCUUUUUGUGAUGCAAAACGCCCACCAAAAAUCUAAUCACUCCAGACCGCAUGGAAUGGGGGGGGGGCUUUUGGUGUGCUCUUCGCAUGACAAAUCAGGAGGAAAUAGCAAAUCCGCAUGACAGCCUGCGACUUUCCCCUAAGAUCACUCGUUUGCCCUCUAUGUCUGACCAUGUUCACCACGUUGUUCUCGAUAUUGUCCACCAAGUAUGAGAGUGCACAACCCCCCCCUCCCCCUCAUUUGUCAUGCCAAACCCCAAAUCCAGCUGCUGCCUUUGUUUUGGCAAUGCUUGCAUGACAAAUUCAUCUGGAAGCCCGAACGGUACUACACCUUGCGCAUGAACUUGUCAUGCCCAGGCUCCAAAUGUGCUGCUGUUUGUAUUCCUGCUCAUGCCAUACAGAUGAUGGGGGAGGGGGAGUUGUGCACCCUCAUAUCAAGUGCGCGAUGAGCACGUACCUUUGGUUCGAGUUGUUUUUGCGGAACUACUAUCAAAUGUAAAAAUGUCUGGGUCUGGAAGAAUGCAACUUGUCAUGCUGAUUUUGGAUUCUAAAAAUAUCUGUAUUGCAUGAGCAGCAAAGAGAGUCCAAGUUUUGCUACACGGAAAGAGCAUUUGUCAUGCGGUAAAGGCAUCAGGAAGCCCUCACAAAAUGUGUGAUGCUAGGGCAUGCAACACAGACAUCAGAAGUCAUGCAAAAUGUGCAUGACAAACCUGGAAAUCUUCCAGACCCAGACAUUUUUACAUUUGAUAACUACAAGGGCAGCCCGGCGAACAUCCCGAAGUACCGCAGUUACUUCAACAUGGGCAGGUUGGUGUUUGCGAUCGCAAACCUCAUAUGCAUUGCAAAAGUAUCGUACUCGUAUAAAUGCAUUACAAAUUUUCUCCGCGUGAGAAAUAAUUUGCAAUGCGGAUUUACGAUAAGAAAGAGAUUUGUAAUGCAUAAAAGCAAUUAGCACGAGUACGACACUUUUGCACAGGAUACCUCCUGUUCGCCGUCAUCGCGGUGGAGCUGUUUGCGAAGUACUUGAUUCUGGGAAAAGACAACUUAUCAAAUGCAAAUAUGUUUGGGUCUGGAAAGUUAGUUGGAACUUGUGAUGCUAGCUUUACAUUUCAGGGAAAUCUGUAUUGCAUAACCGGCAAAAGUCGCAGCCAUUUUUAUCAUGUAAGAACGCAAUUUCUCAUGCGGACUGCCUAUGAGAAAGCGCUGCGGAAAGUUGUCAUGCUGGGCUGCAUUUGGAAGCCUUUCCAUCAUGCACAUUUUAGCAUCACAAGUUUGCAGACCCAGACAUAUUUGCACUUGAUACAACUUGUACGACAACGAUUACCUCAACCCGUAUUUCCUCUUUCGGGGGGACCUCGACGCUUCCCGGGCGGAAACGACGCGCGGGCCGUCGGACGCGAUCGUGUCUGAUUAUGGCUCCACGAGUCCCGAGGCCCAAAACCUGGAAAUCACUGAAGACGGGUACUAUGUCCGAGUGUCAGAGUAUCACGAGAAAAAAGUGUUACAGUUACACAUUGCGACGUUGCAAGUCCGGCAUGACAGACAAGCUCUGUCAUGCAGGCGAUGCAUAGGAGCCUUGUUUCAUACGUGUUUUCCCGUGGAUUUUCUGCAAUGCAAGCUUUCUCUCUCAUGCCGAGAAAUUUGUGUUGCUGAAUUGACAACAAACGUGUUGUAACUGAAACUCUUUUUUCAUGUGAUACGGAGACGAAGGGGGUGUACGAGCGACGGGAAAAGUAUCCUACGUAAAAAUUUCCCCACACCAGAGUCAAGAUGGGGAUUUUGCAACACAAACCGAGAACUUUUGGGGGUCACGCAUCACAAGUUGCAGUCCGUAGCGUAGUGCAGGUUCGCAAGGCCAGCUGCAUCAGAUAUCCAUCUGCUCAUCCUGUUUACAGCAUUACAAAUUCCAAAACACGACUAAAAAUGCCUCUCCUGGCGAUGCGCAUUACAAAUGUUCCUGUCAUUGCAAAUCUGCAUGACAACUCUGGCGUGGGGACGUUUUUACUCAGGAUAAAAAGUCGGAGUUUUUCAUUUACAACGAUUUGGUCCAGAUUCUCUUCUAUCAAAUGCAAAUAUGUGAUGUGGGUCUGGAAAGUUGGAACUUGUAAUGCUGGUCUUGCAUAUCUGUGAAACCUGUAUUGCAUGACUAACAUCAAAAGAAGUCGCAGCUCUGUUUUGUCAUGCAGCAUCGCAAUUUCUGAUGCGGAAUGCAUGUGGGAAUGAAGCGUUCUGAUGAAAACUUGCCAUGCUUGGCGGCAUUUGGAAGUUUUUUACUCAUCCGCAGUUCAGCAUUACAGCUUUACAGACUCAGUAGACUGACAUGUUUGCUGCACUUGAUAUCUUCCUCGUGAUGGUGGGGUUUUUCCUUUACCUCCCCGGUUAUGCACUGCAAAAUAAAGUAUCGUACUCGUGUAAAUGCAUUACAAAUUUUCUCAGCAUGAGAAAUACAAUUUGUCAUGCGGAUCUGCCUCAAGAAAAAGAUUUGUAAUGCAAGACUUGCAUUCAUACGAAUACGAUACUUUUGCACAGGAUACCGGUCCGGCCAUCGCGUUCGCGAGUCCCCUGACGUUCAAAGGCUGGUUUGGGGACGUUUUCAGCUCAAUGUCGCUGGACAUGCUGCGGAAAUCCAGGAAAAAAUUCCGGUAUCAAAUGCAAAAAUGUCUGGGUCUGGAAGAUUCCGGGAUUUGUUAUGCUAGUCCGGCAUGACUCUGAGCUCUGUAUUGCGUGGCCGCAAAGGGCUUCUCUUCCCUGUCAUGCAAAAACGCAGUUUCGCAUGCGGAGUACGCAACUCUGAACCACGGAAAAACUUGUCAUGCUUGGCAGUGCGUUACAGUAUGCGCAUUUUUCCCUGACUUGCAUCACAAGUUUCCAGACCCAGAUAUUUUUGCAGUUGAUAUCCGGGGCUUCUUGACGAAGCGGAAAGUGUUGACUACGACAACGAGCGCCGGUGAAGGUGGUGGGAGAAGUACUCGCACUAUGACGCAAGAAGAAGUCGUCCUAUCAAAUGUACUUAAAAAUGUCUGGGUCUGGAAGGAUGCAAGUUUGUCAUGCUUGUCUGGCAUGACUCGAGAAUCUGUGUUGCAUUGGCACGAAAAGGCCCUCCUACCUGUCAUGCAAAAACGCAGCUUCCCAUGCGGAAUACGUAAGACAUGGCAGCCAAAAAAUUUCUGAUGCAUAAAGGCGCAUUGCAGUGCGUCUAUCAUUCACUUUUAGCUUUACAGUAGGUCUUAGACUUUCUAAGGUUUAGGUCGACGCUCAAGGCCCUAAGAGUAGUACUACUGCGCUAAGAAAUAAAGAAGAACGACGGAGCUGCUGGAUUUUUGUUUUUUUUCCCCAUACUGAGUGGAGCGUGUUCACCCUUGUAGUAAUUACAAGUUUCCAGACCCAGACAUUUUUGCAAUCCAUACGUCCCUCUUUCCGACGAUUCUGACGAUGACAAGAAGCAGCAAAGGCAGAAAACCCAGGCGGCGCAUAUAACCCGCUCAUGUGUUACAAUCUCAAACGUUACGAAUAGAAUCUAGAAUUUGUGUUGCAAAAUGCGCAACAUCUGGCCUACUCCCACAGGAGCGCGCAUGACAAGUUUCGGAGCUCCAAACCGCAUGGGAAUUAUCUGCCGAAAUUUGUAUUGCGAAAAGCCCGAGUCUCUGUUUGGUACUCAUGCUGUUCAUGCAACACAAAUUUCACAUUCUAUUGCAACGUUUGAGAUUGUAACAUCUGAGCAAGCCAUAGCGCAGGACCAAUAUCCUUAGUAAAAACGUACCCACACCAGAGUUGUAAUGCAGAUUUGCAAAGACAGGGAGACUUGUAAUGCGCAUCCCCAUGAGAGCCACUUCCAAUCGUGUUUUGGAAUUUGUGAUGCUGUGAACAGGAUGAGCAGCUGGAUUUGUGAUGCGGCUGCACUUGCUAACCUGCACUACGCUGCAGAGUGCAACUUGUCAUGCGUGACUUACAAAGCUCCUAGGUUUGUGUUGCAAAAUCCCCAUCCUGACUCUGGUGUGGGUACGUUUUUACUCAGGAUAACCAGGCCCAGCUCUUCGCGGAGGUGAAAAAGACCGCGAUGCGCAACAACUAUCAAAUGCAAAUAUGUCUGGGUCUGGAAGAAUGCAAGAACUUGUGAUGCGAAUUUCACAACACAUAAAAAUCUCUCAUGCAUAGGCAGCAAAAGCUGCCCACUUUUUGUCACCAAAGUGGGGCGUCUGUCAUGCGGAUUCGGCAUUGCGGAAGCUUCUCGAAACCUGUGAUGCUAGAGCUUCCAUGCCAGACCUUCCGUGUCAUGCCAAAGCAGCAUGAGUGACUCUCCCAGACCCAGACAUAUUUGCAAUCCAUAACAACGCGUUCGGCGCAACCUCGCACCAACUGAACACCGUCGGGACGCACGCGCGGGUCCCGGGCACGGGGAUCUACCUGGAACGCUUUUCCCGCGCGAAAUCGGGGCAGAACGUGACGAAGGUGGACAUGAAAUCGGGUCGGCAGUACUCCUAUGUAUUGGAAAUAUGUCUGGGUCUGGAAGUAUGUAACUUGUGAUGCUGCAUUUGCAUACUUCAAAAAUCUGUAUUGCAUGACCAGUUUUUGCCACGGCGAGAGGGCAUUUCUCAUGCGGUAUAGGCAUGAGGAAGCCCUCGCAAAAUCUGUGAUGCUAGGGCAUGCAUCACAGACGUCGGGAGUCAUGCAAAAUGUGCAUGACAAAUGUUUGGAUCCUUCCAGACCCAGACACAUUUGCAUUUGAUAACUCCGUGGUAACCGACGACUUGCGGGUGGAGCAGCAGCGCCGGGCGAUCGCGAACCGGGCCAUCAAGGAGCAGGC